AUGUAUGCAAAUAUAUACACGGUACUGUCUCUGAUUAGUGCAGCAGCACCACUGGGAGCCAGCCAGACGACGGCAGCGCAGUGCAACAACGCGCCUGAGAUCGAGAAGCUGCUUCAGGGCCUAGGCGGAUGCAUUCCCACUUCACAGAAUGGGACAGGGCAGAGUGGAUCUGAUAAGCCACAAUGCUACCUGACAACGAGCCUGGACUGCCCAAAGGACGUCACUGGCCAGGACCAGCAGCCAACUGGGCUACCAAGUGGAACACCAACUCCACCACCAAUGGGAUUCCAGUCACCAGACCAAACAGCUGGGCAAAUGCCAUUUAACUAUGCACCAGUGCAGCCUGGAUCAGGAGCCAGCCCAAGUGGAUCGCCAAUAAUGCAGCCAGGCUCAUCUGGUGGAUUUGUGAUGCCACAGCCUCAGGCAGGAUUGCAGCAGCAUCUUCCGAUAUGUCCACCAGGCCAGACGUCCAAUCUGCCUGGAUUGAACGGAUACUCGGACUGUGUUACAGCAGCAACAAUGAAGCAGCCUACAAUUAAGCUCAACAACAUUGAGGUGCCUAUUAAUCCAUAUGUUCCACCAGUGGUGCAGUCGUGUGCUCCAAACGCAAAGGUCUGCAAGAAGUAA